CUACUAUAUUAUUUCACAGAUUAUUGCAGCAAUCAAUUAGUUAGAUUUAUAAGCAUGUUUAAAGAAAAACUUUUUGAUAUGUAUAUAGAACAGAAAACUAAAUAGUCACAACAUAAAAAGGUAUCUAGUUUUUGAUUUUUUCAAUGGCAGCAUCAGUGCGAUAUCAAAAUGAUCAAGAUCUAUUAACAGCUGCAAUGUCAGCAAUUAUGUGCGUUCCUUUGGCAUCACCCACCGAUUGUUCAGGAUCAAUGCCUAAAGUUUCUUUGUUUGAUUUUCACGAUAAAACGUAUUCGUAUGGUAGAGUAGGUAGCGCAUCUUCAGAUCCAAUAGCUCAAAGUACUGAAACAGCAAAGAAUAUUGAAGGAAGAAAUGAAAUUGUGAUAUACGUUAAAACAUUGUUUGGUCACACAUUAACGUAUCAUAUAAAUCAAGAGACAACUGUCUCUGACCUCAAAUCUAUAAUGGAAAGCAAAGAAAAAAUACCAUCUAUCCAGCAACGCUUAAUAUUUAAUGGAAAACAGCUAGAAAAUACCAUAAAAUUGGUUGAUCAUAACAUACAGCACGAGUCUACACUACAUCUAGUGCUUCGUUUGCAAGGUGAAAGUCCAUCUAUUUUGGAUCCCUCUAGCCUAGAUCCAUCUUUUGAUUAUGAUUUUACAAAUAUAAAGGAUGCAAAUAUAACUUUUAUGCGAGGUGGAGUAAAUUAUGUUCGCCCAUGCGGAUGGAAACGCUUUGCCAUUAAAGUGUCCAAUAAAUUUGAAAACUUAACGUGGUUAGGUGCUUCUAAUAACCCAGGAGAAUGGCCUGUAUCGUAUCAUGGAACAGGUGUAUAUCAAGAUAAAACUUUUGCAAUGAAUGGCUAUGAUUUAACAAAAGGAAAAAUGUUUGCAUUCGGGCGUGGAGUUUAUUCAACUCCAAAUAUUAAAGUAGCAGAAAAAUAUGCCAUCAAAUUUUUGUAUAAAAAUGAGCAUUACGCAGUGAUACUACAAAAUCGAGUGAAUCCUACAACGUUGGUAAAAAUAUCGGCUGAUCGCAUUGGUGAAGGUGAAUACUGGAUUAGUCCUAGCGACAAAGAUAUUCGGCCAUAUGGAGUAUGCAUUCGAAAACUAUAAAUAUAAUAUAAGCAAUAAAGAAUAAAGUAACGUUUGAAACAUUA